CGGGAGCAACAGUCUGCCGCAGCCCGGCCACGCGGCCUCACACACGCCACAACAAGUGUUUCGCCUCGAUUCGCACCGUUCUGCCCGCGUUAACAGAAAUUAAGAUUCUUGAUAGAUCAAGAUUAACUGCGGACUGUGCUGUGGGGGUUUUCUGUAGUUCAGUGCUAAAGCGUUGAAAUGUCUUGUUUCGGAGGAAGCGUACUAAUACCCGACUGAAGCGAGCGGCGUGUGUAGUGACUAGUGCAGUGUAGUGAUGUGAGUGUACGUGUAAGUGCAGACCACUGACGAAGCGCCACCAUGCUGCCCACUAACGUUAUGUCCUUUAUGAAGAAGAUGGUGGCGACGGAGGAGAGCCCCAACGCGGUCACGGGGCAGAUCGAGGCGCCAGGCACGUUCGGCAAGCUGCGCCAGACGCUCUCAUCCUCACUGCUUAACGCUCAAGAUAAAGUCACAAAAUUGGGACCGCGGCAGGGUGUGACGGAAUGUGUCGCCGAGCCAGCACCGGCGCCGCCGCCUGCGCAGCCGCCGCCCGCCACACAGCCCGCAAAGACUGAACGCGAGGCAGGCAAAGCGCCGUCCCGGGCUGGUGCAUGUCGCGUGUGCUUGAAAGCGCUGAAACCCGGGGAAGUCUUCCACACGUGCAACGGCUGCCAGCACCGUGUCUGUGAAGACUGCUCCUCCUACUCUAAGCCAGCCAGUGAUGAGGAAGCGAAUUCUUGGCGGUGUUCUGUGUGCCGCCGGAAAGCGGCGCCGCGACUGCCGCCCGCUGCUCAAGACAGCACGGACUCGCUGCUGGAGGUGCCCAUGCUCGACGCCUUGCAGCGGAGGCACUCGGAAGCCAGGCUUGGCAGUAGCAGCGCUAGCUCGGCGCUGGCGCCGCCACGCUCGCCAGAACUGAGGAGACAUUCGGACGUCUCGCCCGCUUCGUUAAAGGAGUUGGAGAAGUUAAAGGGCGGCGGCAGUACGACGCCCGAGGUGGAGUCCCGGCGGCCCAGCACCGCAGCCCCGGCCCGCAGGCGCUCCGUGCGCGCCCCCGCCGCGCGGCAACGUUCCUGCGACGAGGACCAACCCGCCGGCGUGCAGUCUGGGCUUAAUGCUCCACCUCCUAUGUCUAGAAGAGCAUCGGCGGUAGACGUGGUGGGCGGCGCCGGCUCCCGGCGAGGCUCGUACCGCGCCGACGACGUAGACUCCGCGCCGCAAAUUAGCGGGCUCGGCGUCGACGAAGACAGGCCAAUCAGGCGGCGGGGAAGCCAACUCCCCGACAUAGCAGCUCUCCAACAACGCACCACCGCACUAGGCGCCAUGUCCCUCGCGCCGCGCGGUUCGGACGCGUCAGCUGACCCGCCGACAGUGUCCCUCACGUCCGCAGCCGCCGCUGCCGCCGCGGCGCGACAGAUGUCCGUCGACGCGGAAGCAAUCAAGAUCGUCAUACAUGAUGUGGAUGACCAAACGCCAAGGCGCGUUUCGUUGCGACGCGACCCUAACGAUAAGGGACACAGAUCCCGCGGUUUCGGCAUGCGCGUGGUGGGCGGCAAGCCGGACGCGAGCGGGCGCCGCGAGGCCGUCAUAGUGUGGACCGUGCCGGGCGGGCCCGCCGACCUGGCCGGCUUGCAGCAAGGAGAUAAGGUGCUGGAAUGGGGCGGGGUUCCACUAACUGAGCGCAGUUUUGAAGAAGUGUGCGCAGUGCUUGAGCGCGGGGGCGACAGUGUCGAACUUUUGGUGGAGCCGGCGCCGCAGCUCGACGACCAGCCCUCGCCCGCCCCCCAGCCGUCGCAUCACCAUCACGCGCUCUAUGAACCGGAUACCGACAAAUCACCAUCGUCGCCGACCCGACGGAAAUUGCCGAAAACCCCGGAACAAGAGCGUGCCGAGCGUGCCCGCGAGCGACCGCCAGCGCGCGCACAACUGCAGGUGUGGUUCGAAAGCGAGUUGAGGAAGCUGGUGGUGGUACUGAUCGCCGCAGACGACCUGCCGCCCAGGGACCACACCCUGGGAUACGGCGACGAGCCUGAAGCUUUCGCUAGGAUUCGUCUUUUGCCAUCGCUUGAAAGCUGUCCUCCAGUAGAAACUGACCCAGCAUCAGCUUCUUGCAGUCCUGUAUGGAAUGCCACUCUCGGGUUCGGAGGACUGACAGCAGAUUUGUUGGCUGGACGUGCGCUAGAACUCACCCUCUGGGACGCCUGCCCAGGAAUCGAACCAGUGCUGAUUGGGGAAUGCACCAUGGAACUAGAAAAGGCGUUUGCCGAAGAACGAGCUGUGUGGUGGACGCUGGAAGAGCGCGGCACUCGUUCAGCCAACGCGUCCCCGCGAGGAUCUCUAACCGGUGCGCGCGCGCUGCGCCGCGGGGACUUCACCUCGCAGCGCUCGGCCUCAGAUGAUGUGGACUCGAUAGGCGAGUGCGCGUCGCUGCUGCACCCGGACCACGCGUGGGUGGCGGGCUCGAGGCGGGGCUCCUCGCAGUCCGAGACGCUGGAGGUGGAAGUGUAUCAGCUGGGCAAGGACUUCUCUCGCUCGCUGCCGGGCUCAAGGCGCUCUUCGUUCCAGCAGCAGGAAAAGGAAGGUGGCGGCGGCGGCGGCGAGGCGAGCGUAGUGCCGGGGUCGCGGCGCGAGCGGCGGCGCUCGUCGUGCGUGCGCCGCGACCCGGACGACAUCCUGCGCAGCCUGCGCGCCGUCAAGGGGGAACUCGGGCGCACGCUCUCGCUCUCCGGGUCCACCGCCAGGCGCACGGCGACCGGCCGUAAAGGGAGCAUGUGGGCGGCGGUGCCGGCGGCGGCGGCCUGCGACGCGCUCGCCAGCGACGAGGACGAGGUGCCGCUGGGCCCCGGGCAGCUGCCCCCGCGCAACGCCAGCCUGCCGCCGCUGCACGCCGAAAUCAACAUCAGCAUCAUUAUGAUCAAGGGACAGUUGGAACUGGAGGUGUCUCACGCCCGUCGUGUGUAUGGCGUGAACGGCGAGGUACCAGACUCGUAUGUGAAAUGCUACCUGCGAGACGGGGAUAAGUGGCUGCAUAAAAGAAAGACUAGAAUAGUUCGCCGUACUACAGAGCCAAAGUUUAAGCAGACGCUUAAGUAUCAAGCUAGCGAAGCACUUGGCCGCACUCUUGUAGUGAUGCUGUGGCAGCGCUGUGGCGGUUUCGAACACAACUUAGCUCUUGGCGGUGCUGAGAUCUGUCUCGACAAGCUGACCCUCCCGCAGCGCACCUACGGCUGGUACCCGUUGUUCCCCGCCACCUCCCUCGGCGCCGACGAGUCGCCCGACUGAUCCAGGGAGCCGUCGCCGGAGCGGCGCGACGACCACUAGCGCCCUCAACGACGACGGCUUCGCUUGUCCCGAGUAGUAAUGUUGCUCUCUGAGAUCCAACGCGCCGGUACGCCCAAAUGCUACUCUUUCCCUAUUUCUAUCAUAUGUAAAUACAUCAUGUUUCUCAAAUUUUUUGCCUUUUCUACGAUGAAUAGACAUGCGGCAUGUAUAUAAAAUAUGACGCGUCGCGCCGCUGCGACUGAUUCGAUAUUCUGGUUAGGAUCAAGGGCAGGCCCCUUAAAUCUUUGGAAACGACACCUUUUAGGCAGUAGUUUAUGUAAAGAGGAGCUUAUAGAAGGUCGCUUGAAUUUUAUUAGGUAUAUUUUUAGACUCAGACAUCUAAAUCGCACAUAUCUAAAACAGUUAUUCCUAACAUAUUUAAUACAUGUUCACAUUUGAUGUAGUACCUAAUCAAUAUUUCUAUACGUAACAUAAUGAAUAUAUAAAAAUACUGCUUCUUUUGAGAAAUCGAUGUCUCUGAGAUGUUCAUAUUAAAAACCUAUUCAUAUUUAUGUGCCGUUUUUGAUGUUUGUGCCUAACGUAUCAACAUAUUAAUAGUAUUUUAUAUGUUAUAUGUAUGUAAUAAAUAUUUACUAAUAUUAAUGUUUAAACAUGAACACAAAUAGAGUUCUUUUGAAAAUAAAUUUCAGUAUAAAUGUAGAUAUAACAAUGCAUUAGAUUUUACUUAUAUUUCAGUAGGUCAUGUGAUGCUUCCAAUCUCUCCAUUGGCUAACUUUGUCCGAUGUAGAUUAUGUCUUAUUAUUUUGAAACCAUUACUGUGUAUACUGCUCAAUCGAAAUGUAUGACUCAAGUAUCUAAAACCAGUCUGCACAAUAUUUAGCUUCUCUAACUUUUAAAAGUAGCCAAAUAUACACAUAAUGUAAUUAAGUACUCGUACCGUUUCUAUAGAUAACAUGUAAAUUAUGUCUCAUCUCAAAUAACCCCAACUUAACACUUUGCCUUAUAUACGAUUAAUAAAUCUUUAAAGUUAUUCUAGUGAGUAAGCGCGUCUAGGUACUAUUCUUCCAAGGUUGUGCUUUAGUGAAUUUUCCCUAAUAUACAUAUACCUGUUAUUUUUUUAGAUACAUCGCUAUGAUCUACAACAUAGUUAAGACAUUCUUUCCUUCAUUACAAAUUACUAUAUGAAUUGUAAAUAAGGUAAAGUUAUUUUUCAAAAUUUUCUACGCACAACUAUAUUCGUGAUAGCAUUAAUUGAAUCUUUAUCUGUAGUCGAAUCGAACGUACAUAACUCUUAACUCGUAUGUUCUAUUUAAAAUUUCUCAUAUAGACACAGACCCGUAAACGUAGAGAUUUUAAUAACUCCUACAAAUCAUCACGGAAUACAAGUAUGUACAUUUGUGCCGUAACAAAAUAGUAGUUAAUAAUACUUUAAGCUAAUAUUGCAUUAGCUUUCUGCUAAACAUAAUUGUAUUUUAAACCAGGCUCACAUACCGGCCUAGAUAUACUGUCAAAUAUUAUAAAUUCAUUCAUAGUCAUAGUUUGCCUAUUCUUACAGAGAAGUUAUGGUAAAUAAUAUAAAUCUAUGUAAUAUACUUUAAACUUAGACAAAGGUUGAGAUUCUGAUCAUCGGUGUUAGAUAAAACUUACAUAUCUUGUACAACACUAUCUCGUCGAAAUCUGUGUUCUUCCAGUGCUGUUGGCUUAGCGACACCUGACAAUAUUGUAAUCGCGUGUUGUGCUGUGAACACGACAAUCUGUAGCACGCUCUUUACAUUUUUAUCACCUACCAUUUUCACGUGGUUGUAUAUUUCCUAAGAGAGAGAAUAAUAUCUUUAAAUUCACUUAUUAGAUGACCUAUUAUAGAGAGGAUUCUUAUAAUGCCUGAAUAUAUUAUUCUGAUGUUUAGUGUAUUUUUACACAAUAAUUUUAUAUUUCGUUAAGUUGGAGACAAACUAUAAGUACAUAGAGUAUUCAAUAAAUAUAUCAAUGAAAAUCUAGAUAUUUAUUAAAAAUAUAUAUUAUAUAAAUGAUGAUUGGGUUCGACGAAAGAAUGAUCCGGUCGAAACUAACUUACGCUUAUUAUCUCGAUAUAUUAGUAUAACAAAAUAUUCUUACGUAAGUAACAAAAACAUUAAGUAUCUAAUAUUAUUACGUGCCUCGACGUUCCCUGAUACGACUUUAACAUGUUUGUAAUUUUUUUCUGUCUUUAAAUUCUAGGCUGUUAGUCACUUAUAGAAUAUUGAACAUUUUCGUUAAAUACUGCUGGUCCGUACCUACUGAAUAUAAAUAAUUGUAUACCCAACGAUCAGAGUAGGUACUCGGUACUUAAAUACUUAGAAAGCCAUCACAACUACGAAGCUCUACGAAAUCUAUGCUUCAAAAGCUACGGACCUCUACAAAGUAAAUUUAACUACUACGGAACUUCGUAGUUUAUGUUUAAACUAAAUUUUAAUACCAGCUACUGCCAAUUAAGUCUUCAAAUUGAUAAUUGUGAAUAUAUUCUUGCAAUUGACUGACACAACUACCGCUAACAUUGCAGUCUAUGUCCAAUUUCGAUAAACCUUAUUAAAUUAAGACAUUAAAAACCCGCCGAAAAUAAAUUUAAAAUAAUUCCAACAAAUUUUGUUUUUGUUUUUAAAAGCGAUCAAGUAAAUACUAUAAGCCCAGUAUCUUGAAGCGUAAACUCAUGUACGUACUACACAUAUCUGUUUUUUAUGUGAUGAACAAAGCAUGCGGUCCAUUUACCCUUAGCGUUUCACUCAGUAGCGUUACAAUUAAUGUGAUAUGUAUGGGAUAUCAUGUACCUCUUUCUUAUUGUAACUUACAUUGUUUCUUCCUAGAUAUGAAGUGAACAUUUCUCCAUUUUGCUUUCUUGAUGAAUACCUUGGUCAAAAAUUGUAUCUUUGAUUGAUUCCAUUUUUUUAUUAUAACGUUAAUAUUAAUACCUAUCAAUAGCUUUCUGUCAUCAAAUCAUCGUGCAACAAAUGUAUUUAGCUCUCCUUCUUUCUUCAGGAAGAUAAAACACUCGUUUUGUAUUUUUUAAAGCAAUAACAGAUUUGUGGUUAAUUUUCAAUAUCAUGCGCUAAAUCAGCCAUAUAUAAUUAAGAAAGAUCUUGUCUCUAACUAAAAUUGUUCAAGAGUUUUACCCAGGUAUUUAUUACGAAACCAAAAUAAAAUUCUACAAAUCCUAGUACGUA